CCUAUAUAGUCAUUCGGGCUUGGCCAAAUAUCAGGGACAGAGUCAUCAAGAUUUAGGCCACAUGUCUUCGGGAGGAGUGGUCAAACUGGAUCAUCUCCUUUACAUUUUAACAGUGGCACUGCACUGGCAACACACACCCGUGUGACUGUAAGGAGAAAAUCCGUUUUUUUUCUCACUUUGUUGAAGUGUUUACUGUGGAUCGUGGAUGAAUAUCAGUAACGGCACAGCCGCAGCGCACGAGCGCACAGCAGACUCCAGCGGGACCCAGAAGCUUCUGCGUCUAAAGCGUUCGCUCACGUUCAUGCGGAGUAAGAGUGUGGAAAAUUUCUUCCAGCGUUCUCAGAAUGAUGCUCAUCUACCAGCAGAAAUCUUCAAUAAUCCCAUUGACAUCGCUGCUAUGCCUGUCCUCAGCUCCAACCCCACAGCAAGCCCCGCCUCCUCUAUGAUACAGCCACGCCCACUACUCAAACACUUGUUCCUGGAACAUGUGUUUCGUCGACCAACCAGCUGCCAUGUGUGCAAAAACAUUAUUGUUGGCAAUCCUAAACAGGGAUUGCGCUGUACAACAUGUAAGACAGGAGUUCAUCUUUGGUGUGUCUCCGAACUCUCACAGCAACCAUGCCAAGGCAAGUCUGGGAUGUUCAAGAGGAAUUUGAGUACACCUUCACUGAUCACCAAUCGAUUAAGUGCUAUGAAGUCACAGGAGUCAAUGGCUCAGGUGGACCCCAUCUAUACUACACUACGGUUUGGGACUUCUCUGGCCUACACCGGUCAAUUGAGUUUUGGCAGUUUAUCCGAGUCUCCUACCCAAAGCCUGGAUGAAGAUGAGAUGGAGCAAACAAAUAAAUGUUUGUCUUCUGAAGGGGAGAUCGUAACCGAACACACAGAGAAAGAUUUAUCCCUGCCUGAAAAUGAUACAAAUGAGUUGAAGGAGAUAUCAAAGGUUCCUAAAAUUCACUCUCUUCACACUUAUGUGGUGUUGUACAAGUUUAUGCCUCAGGAGCACAAUGACCUGGAAUUACAUCCUGGUGAGAGAGUUCAGGUGAUUGAUGACUCUAAUGAUGAAUGGUGGAAGGGUAAAUGUGGUGAAAGGGUCGGCUUCUUCCCAGCUAAUUUUGUGCAGCGUGUACGUCCAGGUGAAAGAGUCUGGAAGGUAACGCAAGACGUCCAUGGCAACAAAGAUCUGGGCUACAUGCCUGUUAAAGAGUCUCAGAUUUGUGUUGGAAAAAGUGAAGACUCUGAAGGUUUUCUGAAGCUGAGCAGCGGUAAGAAGAGAGGUCUGGUGCCGGCCGACUCACUGGAAGAGAUAUAAAGAUACAUGAAGCAGUCUGACAGCUACAUUACUCAAUGUUGCUUAACAUUACAAUCUAUUCAUGACUUAUGUUAACUGUAUAUUCAUUUGAUCACAUGUUAUUUAUUUAGUUGACUUGCUCCUGAUUAUUAAGUUUGAUUUUUUUAUGUUAAAAAUGUAUUUAUUGUGUUGUUCAGUAAACCAUCUUCAAUACA